CUCCAGUAAAUAAAGGUACUCAGCCGUCACACUACCGUCAGACCAACAACCAACAUGAAACUGCUGCUGUGCUCUCUCGUACUUGUGCUCCUGUGUAGCACCACUGUGCAUUCCCUCCAAUGCUAUACCUGCGUGGAUGGAAACUGCAAGACUCCUACAGAAUGCCCAGAAUCAAGCAACUUCUGCAAAAUGUCCGUGACAUAUGACUCACUUUCUCGGACAUGCGAGGAGUUCUGUGUGCCUGGACUGAACGUCUACUGUUGCCAAGAGGACCUGUGUGGUUGAGGCCCAGUUGAAGCAAUGCUGCCGCAAUAUGAUACGCAGCUCAGAUAUCUAAUAAUGCAGAAAAAACAAUCUUUCUCAUUAUUAUAACAUGGAAAAUUCUGAUCCUUAAUUAAAAGAUUGCAACGUC